CAACAAGGCGCCAACUCUUUCAACCACGUCGGUAGCUUGCUAGCCAACAUAAAACUGAAAGAUUGAGUUUUUAGACCAUGUUAAUGUACAUUAGCUAAUCUCAGUGUUUUAAACAAGUUUCGGUUGACGUAUCAACUGGUUCAAUUAGCAAACGUGUUAAAGAUUGAUACUAAGCCUUGCACUAGGCUAGACGCUAAUGCUAGCUAGCUAACAUCCCUGACCAUGAGCUCACUAAACUACUCCUCCCUUGCUAAUGAAGAGGGGGUCUGCUGUUUGGAGAAAUAAUAUUUCAGAAUGAAAAAGGAGGAAGAGGAGGCUGUUAUAGUGAAAGAAGAGAAAGAACCGUUUAGAGAGGAAGAGGAUGCUAUCUCAAUAAAGGUGAAGAAGGAAGACGUUUUGGCAGUGGAAGAGACAGAAUAUCAGAUUAACACCAGAGAGACACAUGACUAUUGUGGAUCCUCUGGGGAGUCUCAACAACAUCCUAAUGCUGACGAGGCAGAGAAGAGUCUCUCCAGAUCAGAACACCAGAUGGACAACACUAGCCCUUCUUCCCUCCCGGAGUCCUCGUGUCGUGCCUCUCCCGGUAGCACCUUACUGCUGGGUAUGAAGAGGUUGUCUGUGCUGCUGGUGGACUACAGCAAAACAUUGGGGCUGAGUGGAACUGUGGGAGGAGGAGAAGAGAGGAAUGGAUCAGAUUUGACUCAUCAAAGAGAAAGACCAGACUCAGAGGAACCAGAGCCAGGGACGUCCAAACCAGCAAGACGACACCAGUGCUCCCAGUGUGAAAAGAGUUUUAAACAGAAAGCACAACUGAAAACACGCAAGAAAAUACACACAGGGGAGAAGCCUUACCACUGCUCCCAGUGUGGACAGUGUUUCGUCCGUCCGGGGGAGCUGAAACAACAUGAGAGAAUACACACAGGAGAGAAGCCUUACCACUGCUCCCAGUGUGGAAAGAGUUUCAAACGGAAAACAUGCCUGAACCAACACGAGAGAAUACACACAGGAGAGAAGCCUUACCACUGCUCCCAAUGUGUAAAGUGUUUCAGCCAGAAAGCAUACCUGAAAAAACAUGAGAGAAUACACACAGGAGAGAGGCCUUACCACUGCUCCCAAUGUGGAAAGUGUUUCGUCCGUUCGGAGGUGCUGAAACGGCAUGAGAGAAUACACACAGGAGAGAAGCCUUACCACUGCUCCCAAUGUGGAAAGUGUUUCAGCCAGAAAGCAUACCUGAAAAAACAUGAGAGAAUACACACAGGAGUGAGGCCUCCCAGGGUGCAAAGCUUUUGCCCAUUUAGGAAGCCUGAAAGAACACAUUAGACUGCACACAGAGGAGAAGGCUUAGAAAAGCUCAGACUUUUGGAAAACAUAUUACUCAUAACAGUCAUUUAAACGUCAUUAUAGAAUCCACACAGGAGAGAGAAAUUACUUCUCUUAGUGUGUAUAUUGAUAUACAUCACAUUGACUUAAAAUUCAUCAGAGAACAUACACAGUGCUCCCGUUGUCUUAUAUUGUUGACUGACAAUGUGUUUACCUGUCUUUACCAGAUGAAAUUAAGGGGUACAGGGUAUACUCAAAUAUAUAUUUGUUUGUUUUUAUUAGAAAACAUGAAGUGAAUAUGGAGUCUGUCAGUUUGAAUAUAAGUUGUCCUUUUUUUUAAAUCUUUGCGUGUUUAUCUGGGUGUGUCAUUCCUCCAGCACUACAGAUAAUCAAGUGAUAUUUGUGUUGUGAUGCAUUUGCAUUUGUUCCAUUGUUGACAUUUGCAUUGUAGCCCACUGAUGAUUUAAUGAAAUGAAAAUGUUCAGACUCUGUAAUGGAAAAUGUUAAUUAUUUGUGUGUCCAUAUAACUGAGUAUGUGACUAACCUUGUGAAACUGUCCUAUUAUAAUCUCCUGUACUUGGGACUAUCAUUCUGUGUUGCAAACCAGCUGCACCUGCAUCCUUGUAUGAAUAAAGUCCCUCCCAGGAACAGGAAACUAUAAAGAUAUGUGCUAAUCACUCAAUGCUUCAGGAAUUCAGACUGUCUCCACUGUGCUGUGUUACUCUGUUAUUCUCUCUGAGCUCAGAAAUAAAGAAUCUUGGUUUGAUUUGGACUCCAGCAGAUCCUUAGUUUAUAAUAUCCACCACAACUCUCCCAAGGAUUGCUGUUUAUUAUUGUCUCAAUGAAGAGUUCCUCUUUCGACUUUCCUUGGGGCAUUUACAAACCUCCCACUGGUUGAAUAAAAGUUU